CAAGAUCUCCUGUUUGUUUUUCAGUUCAAAGAAGAGAUUUCCAGGCGGUUUAAAGCCAAACAGGAUCAGCUGGUUCUGAUCUUUGCUGGGAAGAUCCUGAAGGACGGAGACACUUUGAAUCAACACGGGAUCAAAGAUGGGCUGACGGUGCACUUGGUCAUUAAGACUCCACAGAAGGUCCAAGAUCCAACAGCUGCUGCUUCUGCCCCCAAUGCUGCUUCUGCCCCCACCGCAACCUCCCCUUCUCCUGCUGCCCCGUCUCAGCCUUCCACCUCCAGCAGCGCCGCUUCGGACGCCGGGAGCGGCAGCAGGCGGAGCAGUGGGUCAGGGACUGUGGGAGGUCCUGGAGAUGGAGGCCCUAACAGUGCCACGUCCAUCCUUUCUGGCUUUGGCGGCAUCACCGGGCUGGGCAACCUUGGGAUGGGCUCUGCCAACUUCAUGGAGCUCCAGCAGCAGAUGCAGCGGCAGCUGAUGUCCAACCCCGAGAUGCUCUCGCAGAUCAUGGAGAACCCCUUGGUGCAGAACAUGAUGUCAAACCCGGACCUCAUGAGGCAGAUGAUCAUGGCCAAUCCCCAAAUGCAGCAGCUCAUGGAGCGAAACCCGGAGAUCAGCCACAUGCUGAACAACCCCGAGCUCAUGAGGCAGACAAUGGAGUUGGCUCGUAACCCUGCCAUGAUGCAGGAGAUGAUGCGGAACCAGGACCGUGCUUUGAGCAACCUCGAGAGCAUUCCAGGAGGCUACAACGCCCUGCGCCGGAUGUACACGGACAUCCAGGAGCCCAUGUUCAGUGCAGCCAGGGAGCAGUUUGGCAACAAUCCUUUCUCUUCCUUGACGGGGAACUCUGAUAGCUCAAGCUCUCAGCCUUUGCGGACGGAGAACAGAGAGCCGUUACCGAACCCCUGGAGCCCCACGCCCCCUGCUUCCCAGAGCCAGGCGCCCAACAGUGAAGGCAGCACUGGCCCAGCGACCACCCAAAGCACACCGACUGUAUCCAACCCCUUCGGGCUGAAUGCUGCUAGCAUUGGGGCUGGCAUGUUCAACAGCCCAGAGAUGCAAGGCCUCCUGCAGCAGAUUUCCGAAAACCCUCAGCUGAUGCAGAACAUGAUCUCUGCCCCCUAUAUGCGGAGCAUGAUGCAAACUCUUGCCCAGAACCCGGACUUUGCAGCACAGAUCAUGGUAAAUGUCCCCCUCUUUGCUGGGAAUCCACAGCUUCAAGAACAGCUCCGCCUUCAGCUCCCUGUCUUCCUGCAGCAGAUGCAGAACCCAGACUCCCUCUCCAUUCUCACCAACCCCCGCGCCAUGCAGGCGCUCCUCCAGAUCCAGCAGGGACUCCAGACGCUGCAAACGGAGGCCCCAGGACUAGUGCCAAGCCUCGGCUCCUUCGGCAUGCCUCGAAUGCCCCCGUCCUCUACAGGAGGAAGCACAAUCCCGGAGAACCCCGUUCCCUCCGCUUCGACGCCGGCCAGUGCCUCUCCAGCUGGGGGUGGUAACCCCCAACAGCAGCUCAUGCAGCAGAUGAUCCAGCUGCUGGCCGGAGGAAGCUCUCAAGCGCAGAGUCCUGAAGUGCGAUUCCAACAGCAGCUGGAGCAGCUGAAUGCCAUGGGCUUCAUUAAUCGUGAGGCCAACCUCCAGGCGCUUAUUGCCACUGGUGGAGACAUCAAUGCAGCUAUUGAGAGACUGCUGGGCUCCCAGCCUUCCUAA